GGUGAAUUGUAUGGCAUGCAAAUUAUAUCUCAGUGAAGGUGUUAGGAAAAUGGUUAUAAAUUGCAUCAUAAGCCGUCUCGGUGAUGAAGGUGAAACUGAGGCAUUCGACAGUUCUGCCUGCUUCACAGUUUUGUCACAGACCAGCCCUGCAGAAGGCCCGAGUGAGGUUCUAUGACAUCAGCAUCUGGCCUCUGUGACCCAGGCACCCACGCCCCCCGAAAUGGGGCCUUCAGCUCCCACUGGGGGCCGCAAGACCGCCCCUUAGACUUGUCUCCGUCUCUCAGAGGCUUUUACCUGCUGGCCUUGCUGCUGCUGUGGCUGCUGGGUGUGGCACACCAUCUGGGCCAGGGCCCGGGCGAUCCAGACAACACCAACAUUAGGGGGGACAGGUGGUCAGGGGACCAAUGACUGGAGUCCAGGAUGCUUGAAGAAUCUCACAGUCCAGAUUAGGAGGCCGAACACGGUCGCACACAGGACCUCUGGCUGGCUGCUGGAGGCACACGGCAACAGACAGAAUCUGGGCUCAGGCAUUUUCUGCGGCUAGAACAGAUUGAUGGGCACCUGAGCGCCUCCUUGCUGCACUCUCAUGACACAGAGACACGGGCCACCAUGAACCUGGCACUGGCUGGUGACAUCCUUGCUGCAGGGCAGGAUGCUCACUGUCAGCUCCUGCGCUUCCGGGCCCAUCAGCAGAAGGGAAGCAAGGCAGAGAAGGCAGGUUCCAGAGAGCAGGGGCCUCGACCAAGAAAGGGGGCAGCCCCGGAAGAGAAGAAAUGGGGAGCUGAAACCCAUCGUGACGGGGCAGAGCUCAAAGUAGAGAACCUGAAGGCGGUGCAGACAGACUUUGGCCUGCAGAAAGAUAUACUGCAGAAAGUUGUGUGCUUCAACCAUGAUAAUACCCUGAUUGCCACUGGAGGGACAGAUGGCCACAUUCGUGUCUGGAAGGUACCCAGCCUGGAGAAGGUUCUGGAGUUCAAAGCCCAUGAAGAUGAGAUUGAAGACCUGACUUUGGGGCCUGAUGGCAAGUUGGUAACUGUAGGCCGGGACCGUAAGGCCUUCGUGUGGCAGAAAGAUCAGCUAGUAACACAGUUGCACUGGCAAGAGAACGGACCCAGCUUUUCUAACACACCUUACCGCUACCGGGCUUGCAGGUUUGGGCAGGUUCCAGACCAGCCCUGUGGGCUGCGACUCUUCACAGUGCAGAUCCCCCAGAAGCACCUGCAGCAGCACCCGCCCUGCUACCUCACAGCCUGGGACACUUCCACCUUCUUGCCCCUUCGGACUAAGUCCUGUGGCCAUGAAGUAAUCUCCUGCCUCAGUGUCAGUGAAUCGGGCACCUUCCUAGGCCUGGGCACGGUCACUGGCUCUGUUGCCAUCUACAUAGCUUUCUCUCUCCAGCGCCUCUAUUACGUGAGGGAGUCUCAUAGCUUUGUGGUGACGGAUGUGGUCUUUCUACCUGAGAAAGGUCGUGGACCAGAGCUUCUCGGGUCCCAUGAAACUGCCUUGUUCUCUGUGGCUGCGGACAGUCGCUGCCAGCUGCACCUGCUGCCCUCACGGCGGAGUGUUCCUGUGUGGCUGCUGCUCCUGCUAUGUGUCGGGCUCAUCGUCAUGACCAUCCUGCUACUGCAGAGUGCCUUUCCAGGUUUUCUUUAGCCUUCCUGCUCUCUGGGAAUCAGGCAUGGACACUGCCACCGUCCAGAGGAGAGUGGAGACCUGGACUCCUACUGCUCACCUCACUUGGGCCUACAACUGAGACUGCCUGUGAUGAGGGGCAGGGCCUGCCCUUCUCAGUUAAUGCUUGGCUGUGGCCCUCCCUGAGUCUGGUCCUGAGGGCCCUACAUUCGUCACCUGUGGAUCCACCCAGGAUAGUGGUGUUUGAAGCCAGACCGCACUACCUGCCUCCUUCCUUUUGUCCACCAGAGGCUCCAAAGCUGAACGUGCCCUUCUCCAGAAACAUGAAGAUGUCCAAGAGCCUGGAGGCACUGCUAUCCUUCCUGCAGACACAAUCAGUUACUCCUCCUCCCCUUACAGUCUUCACAUGAAGCUCCUGGCUUUUGCUGGGAAGAGGACUGGCCUGGCCCUUGCUGUUAGGGCGUAGAAGGGCAAGAAAGGUGACUCAGGUAGUAAUCUGUGGGUUCAGAUGGGCCGCACCGAGCCAGCCCGGCUAAAUACACAGUAAGCCCCUGGAUCAUCUAUCCCAGACUUAAGGAAAGGGAAAAUGAACCUCAGCCCAAUAGGCAGGAAGGGUUGAUUAUUUAAUAAACAAGGGAAAACUGAGCUGAGACCCCAAA